AGUGGUGAAUGCACUUCCGGCAGCAGCAGCCGGAGCAGCCGAGGCAAGAUGGGUCAAAGUCAGAGUGGUGGUCAUGGUCCUGGAGGUGGCAAGAAGGAUGACAAGGAUAAGAAAAAAAAAUAUGAACCUCCUGUACCAACCAGAGUGGGGAAAAAGAAGAAGAAAACAAAGGGACCAGAUGCUGCCAGCAAACUCCCACUGGUGACACCUCACACUCAAUGCCGCUUGAAAUUACUGAAGUUAGAAAGAAUUAAAGAUUAUCUUCUCAUGGAAGAAGAAUUCAUUAGAAAUCAAGAACAAAUGAAACCAUUAGAAGAAAAGCAACUUCCUCUCACCCACCCUGAAUAUUAUGAAGAGAUGGGUAUAAAGCCCCCAAAGGGGGUCAUUCUCUAUGGUCCACCUGGCACAGGUAAAACCUUGUUAGCCAAAGCCGUAGCAAACCAAACCUCGGCCACUUUCUUAAGAGUGGUUGGCUCUGAACUUAUUCAAAAGUACCUAGGUGACGGUCCCAAACUCGUGCGGGAAUUGUUUCGAGUUGCUGAAGAACAUGCACCAUCCAUUGUGUUCAUUGAUGAAAUCGAUGCCAUUGGGACCAAAAGAUACGAUUCAAAUUCUGGAGGCGAAAGAGAGAUUCAGCGGACAAUGUUGGAAUUGUUGAACCAGUUGGAUGGAUUUGAUUCAAGAGGAGACGUGAAAGUUAUCAUGGCCACAAACCGAAUAGAAACUCUGGAUCCAGCACUUAUCAGACCAGGUCGCAUCGACAGAAAGAUUGAGUUCCCCCUGCCUGAUGAAAAGACUAAGAAGCGCAUCUUUCAGAUUCACACAAGCCGGAUGACACUGGCCGAUGAUGUAACCCUGGACGAUUUAAUUAUGGCAAAGGACGACCUCUCUGGUGCUGACAUCAAGGCAAUCUGUACAGAAGCUGGUCUGAUGGCCUUGAGAGAACGUAGAAUGAAAGUAACAAAUGAAGACUUCAAAAAAUCUAAAGAAAAUGUUCUUUAUAAAAAACAAGAAGGCACCCCUGAGGGCCUCUAUCUCUAGUGAACCAUAGUUGCCUUCAGGAGUUUUCUUGACCCCUGAGAGGGUUGAGUUUGGGGAAGUUGCCCAGAAGAAUCCAUGUUCCUGUUGAUUUUUAUUAGCAAAACAUCCUGUGUAUCUUCUGGAGUACGAUGUAUAGGAUGCCCAUUGGGCACCUUCUCUUGGUCACUGUGCUGCUCUCUGCUUCCGAAUAAAGCGUGCUCUUUCA